AGUUGAUGGAGAUAUAGCUCCGGCUGAUUAUAAACAUGAUGAUAAUUAUAUUUUUUAUAUUGUUGAUAUCUGGAAUUUAUGGGAUCGUCAAUAAUGAUGAGGAUUGUCAAACUCUUAUCUCGGAAGUUCAUAUAACGAAAGAUGAGUAUGACAACAGUGGAGGACUCAUUAGAACCUGUAGUGACGAUGUGUCUGUCACUAAAUGCGAAGGAUAUUGCAAUUCACAAAUUCAACCGAGUGUUAUUUCAUCAACGGGUUUUGUAAAGGAGUGUUACUGCUGCCGUGAGAGUUACUUCAAGGAAAAACUUGUGAAGCUCAAUCACUGUUACAACUCAGACGGCGAAAAAAUAGAGACAGAAAAAUACGCUACCAUGGAAGUAAAACUUCGGGAGCCACAUGAUUGUAAAUGUUACAAGUGUGUCGAUGAAUGUCAAGUCACACCAGUUAUUCAUUUACUCCGAUAUCAAGGAUGUUUACCAAAACCCAUACCAAGUUUUGCCUGCACUGGACGAUGUAGCAGCUACUUGCAAGUUUCAGGCUCGAAAAUUUGGCAAAUGGAGCGAAGCUGUAUGUGUUGUCAAGAAAGUGGCGAGCGUGAAGCUACAGUGGCCCUCUAUUGUCCAGAAGCAAAACCCGGAGAGCGAACAUUUAGAAAGAUAACAACAAAAGCACCAUUAGAGUGUAUGUGUCGUCCAUGUACAGGUGUAGAAGAAUAUUCAAUAAUACCACAAGAAAUAGCCGGCUUGGAUCAAGAUAACUUUCUAUCUUCCUCUGAUCACUUUUUGCGAUCAACAGAUCUCGGUUAAAAAUCAUCAUGGUAUUAUUAAACAAUUAAGAUAAAAGACCUAGUACCUGAUUAGGGAACUAAUAGCCGAUCUUUCAACUAGUACUUAAUCACUCCAUAUAUUCGUAUAUCUAUAUUUAGUCAAAUUUAAUAUUUAUAGAUAUACAAAUAAAUAAGUAAUCGGGUAUUAGUUCCCAGAUCGAAUACUAGUUCCCUGAUUGGAUACUAGUUCCUAGAUCAGGUACUAGUUUCCUGAUUGAGUACUGGAUCUCUUAUCUUACACACUAGAGGAUUUGAAGUAAAAAAAUAAAUUUGGUGACAAGAAAAAAAAAAUAAAUAAACAAUAAAAUAAAAUAAUUGUCAGUCUGGCAUUAGUUUUUUUAUUUAUCAUUAUUUUUCCUGAUCUUAUAGAAUGUUUUAAUCAUAACAUACUUAUGACUUACGUUGGUAAUGAUGGUGUUAUUAAUGUUUAUCAUUUUAUUUUGUUCGCCGAUAUAUGUAUGUAAUUAUGCUCAUAUACAUAUACAUAUAGAGCGAGCAUUACGCGACAUGUAAUAAUAAUAUUAAUAAUAAUAAUAAUAGUAAUAAGUAUUUGUUGUUUUUUAUUAUUUUAUGCUCGUAAUAUUUAUUACAUUCACUCGCAUCAUAACUCUGUUUUAUAUAAUUGGCGCAAUACAACGCGACACUGCAGCUGCUUAUUGUUUUCUUUUCCCAUUUAUUUAUUGUAUUUUCAUCGUUUUUCUGUUUAUACAAACGAUUUUCACUUAUAUUUAUACCCUUCACACUGUUCCCACUUGGCUUGCUCAGUAUAUUCACUCACGUUUUUUUUUAUUCGCGUAAACUGUACGCAGUUUGCUUGAUUUUUUAUGCUUGCCAUCAAUAGGUGCCAUCUCGUAGCACACGCUAUUGAGACCUGUUCAAAUAAAACCCUUAAUUUAAUAAUAUAAUAAUAUAAUAAUAAUUAUCAUUACAUACUACGUUAUUUUAUUAUAUAUAAUAAGAUUAUAACUAUUAUUUACAAGAAGUAAUAAAUUCAUUUCAUCUUCAAAUGUUCAAUUGAUUUUUUUUCCUAUUUCUUCACACUCCCACUCUAAGUUUAUAAUUUUCCUUUUCACAAUUUAUUGUAUUUAUACUCACUCCCGUGUAUCCACAAUCUAUCUUGCCUAUUUUAUUUAUUUAAUAAUUAUUAAUUAAUUAAUUAAUUAUUUAUUCAGUUAACAACGUCGGUAUUUCAUGUACAAAUUAAACUAGUUAUUUAUUUCAUCGUAGCUAUACUCUAAUGAAAGGCAUUAAAGCCUGGAAAUAAAUCAACCGUGAUGAGAAUUAAUCAAUUAAAAUUGGUAUAAAAUGAUAUAUAUAUAUCGUUGCGAUAAAUUAUAUAUCGUUCAUCGCGUUUUUAUAAUAAUAAUAAUUAAUAAUAAUAAUAAUUAAUGAAUAACAUCCGGUAACAAGCAAACAAAUAAAAUACAAUAUAUAACAUAAUCAAAAUAUAUGAUUCCAUGCGAUUUAAAACAUUCAUUAAAUAUAAUCCAUCUCAUAUGUGGACGGUGUUCUUAUUAUUAUUAAUAUUAAUUAUAUUUAAAAUAUUUUUCACCGCGUAUGAGCCAGCGCGAAUAUUUAAUCGCUUUAAAAAAAAAAAUUGCUUCUAAAAUUAAUUAAUUAAUUUCUUUUAUUCACUUCAUUAUAUUACUUGAUAAAAAUAAUAUAACAUUUGUACACAACAAAAAAAAAAUAA